AUGGGGGAAACAGAACUGCACAGAGCCCAGAAAAUACUGGCCUCCCCCCGGAGCCGCGGCAGCCCCUGCGCCCACCGACCCACCCCCACACCGCGGCCAGGGGGGUCCCCCCCGCGCCGCGCCCCGCUCCUGACCCCGUCCCCGCCCGUGCUGCCCGGGGAGCUCCCCGGGAGCGGCGCAUCCCGGCCGGGCCGUGCCCGGGGCGGCCCCGCCGACCCUCACCUGCCGCCGCCUCGUGCAGCGCCCUCCGCCCCGGAAGGGAACGCGCCGGGCCCGCCCCGCCCCGCGCGCGCCGCCGGAGCCGUUACCGCGGCAACGCGCGGGACGCGGCCCUGGCGGCGACGGGAGGGACAGACAGAGCCCGGAGGGACAGAGCCGGGAGAGACAGAGCCGGGAGAGACAGAGUCCUGCUCUGGGACGGGGACAGAGUAUGAAGCAGAACACCCUCAAUUUCCAGAUGUUCCUGAAUCAAAACAAGAAUCUGUGUCUUUGGGAGCAGGAAUAUUGCAGCCAUUAGACAUGGAACAAUUUAAUUCUGCCCCUGCAGCUGAUACUGUUGACCAACAGUUGCUUCCCAUAGUCGAGGAAGUCCCCUCUCCAGAACCACCUGACCCAAAAACAUGUUCUCCACGAGAAUACUUAGAGUUCUACAUAUUUCCAGUACUCUUACCUGGACUGGCUGAACUUCUGCAUGAAGCAGAGAAAGAAAAAUGUUUUGAGGGAAGAAGAACCAAAUUUAUUGCCUCUGAUUUCCUAACUGAGUGGUUAUACAACAUGAACCCAAAGAGGAAAGAUGAGCCAUUCACAGAAUUCUUUUCCAUUCCUUUUGUUAAGGACUGGCUUAAGGACCAUCCUAGGCCACCAAUUCCUCUAUCUCUGCUUCUAUCAGAAGAAGAAGCAAGCAUAAUAAUUCAGUCCUUCUGGAGAGGUUAUCGGGUCCGUUGUGACAGUGAAAUACAAGAGCUACGUCAGUGGCAAAAGAAGUGGAGAGAGGAGAAACACAUUAACAAAGUAGUGAAACAAUUCUGGACUAAGCAGGAAGCCAAAGUGGGAAGCACCUUGGAAGACUUGGAAGAACAUACCCCAGAUUAUUCAAUAUGUCAGCUUUAGUUUCCUCACUAACAUUGCAAAACACAAAGCUCAUGGACUAUAAACUAUGUGAUAUUGAUUUAGAAA